GAGGGUCUUUUGCUGAUAGGGCAGCGGGAAGGAAGCGGCAGGGGCCCUCGCAGCCGCAGGGCCCGGCGAGGCGGAAGCAGCAGCAAAUAGUUGUGGGGCCCCCCAAUUCAAAAAGGGUUUUACAAGGCCCGGGGGCCCCCUCAGGGGGCCCCUCGGGGGCUACCCCAGGGGGCCCCUCGGGGGCCCCUCGGCGGGCCCCUUAG